AUGGGAUCCUUGUUCGACACGGAGUCUUUGCUGCUACCAGCAUUGGUGCACAUCGAUGUCGUUCGAUCACCGUUAUGGGCGUUGGCAUCGUUGAUCGUCAUCGGUGGCCUGAGUCUGAUGUUCUAUCAUAUCUUUCAGUCUGAGAAGCAAAUACUGGCUCCUGGCGUUUUGGUUGUUGGCGGGAAUGACAAGAAGAGCAUACAACAAAACAGGGAGCGAUUUCGAGAAAAUGCCAAAGAGAUGCUUGAGCAGGGUUACAAGAUUUCUGGGGAUGGAUUCUUCUAUGUACCAAGCCCACUUGGAGAGCGCUUGAUGAUACCUACCAAGUAUCUUGAAGAGCUCAAGACUGCUUCAAUUGACCAUGUCGACUUUGUGGCUACUUUCAUUGAAAUGUUUGAGGGCAAGUACACUACAAUGGGAAGCCGGUCUACACUUCACCCUCGUGUUGUCAAGGCACAAUUGAACCAUCACCUUGCGGAUGUGAUGCCUGCUGUUCAAAGAGAAAUUAUAGACGCAUUCAAUGACACAUUUCCCACCUGCGAGGAAUGGACCCCCGUCCCCGUUGUGGAGGUCCUCACCCAAAUUGUGGCGAGGGUUUCCAGCUGCAUGUUCGGGGGAACGACAUUGUCGCAUAACAAGGAAUGGGUCCAGUCAUCUAUUCAGUUCGCUAUCGACGGUUUUAUCGGGGCUCAAAAGCUAAAGAAGUAUCCCGAGUUCUUGAAGCCAGUUGUAGCACGAUUCAUCCCCGAGAUUCAGAAUAUUUCGAAUCACUAUGCUGCUGCCGAAGCUGCAGCUAUUCCGCUACUUGAGGCUCGUCAGCGGACCGGGGAGAAAGCAAUGGACUUGCUAUACUGGAUGGCCGAGCAAGCCAAAGGCGAGGAAAAGGACCUAAAGUUCCUCGCAAGCAUUCUUCUAAAAGUCAGCUUCGCUGCGAUACACACAAGCGCUGCUGCGCCGGCACAACUCAUCUACGAUUUAUGCGAGCGACCCGAGAUAAUUGAACCGUUGCGACAGGAGGUAAUCAAUUGCACCGGAUCGGACGGGUUUAUCGACAAGUCCGGUUUCUUAAGAAUGAACAAGAUGGACAGCUUCAUGAAAGAGAGUCAACGCUUCAACCCUCUGCUUCUAAUCACCUUCGAACGUGUAGUGCAUCGGCCAUUCAAGCUGUCGUCGGGUUUCACCAUUCCCGCUCAUACAACCAUCGGGAUUCCAACACAGGCAAUAACCAUGGAUGAGUCUGUUUAUCCUGACCCCGAAACAUUUGACGCAUUCCGGUUCAGCAACUUGAGAGAGAAGCAGCCAGAGCUGGAUGGUCGAGCACAGUACGUCGCGUCAAACCCGGCAUCGCUGAGCUUCGGAUACGGGCGUCACGCGUGUCCAGGACGCUUCUUUGCUGCACAAGAGAUAAAGGCCAUAAUGGCGCAUUUGCUCAUGACUUACGACAUGCGUUUUGCGCAAGGUCAAAGUAGGCCUGAAAGCUUGCGCGCUGAGACUCAAUAUUUGCCAAACCCAGUGGCGACAAUUGAGUUCAAAAAGCGUUUGCUGCCCGAUCUUAGUAGAUAG